AUGAGGGCCUUCGACGAUGGCAGUUCCGGAUGGAGGAGGUUCCAUGGGCACGGCAGCUCACCGGCCUCCCCUCAUGGCCGCCGGUUCACUCUCUCACUGCACACGAUCUGUGCCCGCCGCGCACAAGCAACGCAAAAACCCAUUUCCCCUCGCCGUCGCCGUCGUUUCUCUUCCACCCACGACCACCACCGAUUUCGCCGCCCGCCCCCGCGCCCCACACCACCCGCCCCCUUGGUCCAUGCCGGUAUCCUCACCCUCACCGCCGCCGGCGACGGGGCCCCCUCGCGCUCCGCCUCCGCCAUCGUCGCCGGCGCCGUGUGCGGCCACCACGUGCUCAAGGUUGCCGGCUACUCCCGCAGCAAGGACGACGGCCCCACCGGCACGCUCAUCGACUCCCCGCCGUUCCGCGCGGGAGGGCGCACCUGGUUCGUCGAGUACCACCCCAACGGGAGCAGCUGGGAGGCCAGGGAUUACAUAUCCCUGUUCCUCGCUCUCGACUAUCCGGCCGCCGGCGACGUGAGUGCGCAGGUCAAGAUCAGCCUGCACGACCAGUGUGGGAAGCCGGUGCCAUCCUACAGCAGGACAACCGAGGUCGUCAAUUUCUCCGAGCAGGGGAGCUGGGGGUUUUCUCAGUUCAUCGAAAGGGGGAUCCUGGAGAAAUCAAAAUAUCUCAGGGACGAUUUCUUCACCGUCAGGUUCGAUGUCACUGUACUGAAGGAUGUCCGCACUGAGGAAACGCCAGUCGUCGUGGCGCCGCCGCCGUCCGACAUGCACUGCCAUUUCGGCAAAUUCCUGUCGAGCGAAGUGGGCGCAGAUGUGAAAUUCAGAGUCGGCAAUCAGACAUUCUCUGCACACCGGCUGGUGCUAGCUGCGCGAUCGCCGGUGUUCAAAGCAGAGCUAUGUGGCCAAGAGAAAGAGACCAUCACCAGUCAAGUCAUACCCAUAGAUGGCAUGGAGGCAGAAGUGUUCAGCACUCUUCUUACAUUCAUUUACACAGACGCGUUGCCAGAGAUGAAGGAGCAAGAGGAAUCUGCAAUGGCUCGGCAAUUGCUUGUUGCCGCAGAGAGGUAUCAUCUAGUAAGGCUCAAGUUAAUUUGUGAAGCUAAAUUGUGCAAGCACAUUGAUGCAAACUUCGCGGCAACCAUCCUGGCAUUAGCAGAGCAGCAUAACUGUCAUGGGCUUAAGGAGGCAGUCAUGAAAUCUGAUGCCUUUCUGCAGUUAGCCAGGAGUCACCCUAGCGUUCUGAAGCAGCUAAUGUCCAGGGUUGUUCCUCGCUGGAUUCUUUUCAGAAGGAAAUCAAGGUCAAGGUCAUGAACCUUGACGUUCUGGUCAUGCUAUUGCAAUUACGCAGAAAGUUAAGGUGAUCGAUCUGCUGGCUUAUACUAGUACUAACACUACUCUCU